AUGUGUUUCAGAGCUGCUCAAACUCAAAAUCAAUCAUUGGAAACUUCAUCGGGGGAUAAAGACGAGCAUUCAACACUUAAAGCGGGAUUAAGAAAAGUUAAGAUCUUCAAGGAGUACGUCUCGAUUAAAAGAUGCAAAAAAGCCUCCGUCGAGGAUGAUAAUGAAAUUAGCGAAAGUAGGAAUGACGAAGGUGACUAUUCCAAUUCCAAUUCCAAUCUUGUUGACUCUGAAUCAGGCGAUGAUUCCGAUGAGAGUGCGCGUUGCUCACCGGAAAAUGACCCGACCGCUUCGAGUUCUGAACAAAUUAUAACUCAGAUUCCGAAACGCAGCAUCUUACCAUUGAAGAAGAGGAAAUUAAAUUUCAAAUCACCACCGAAGGGCGAACCGUUGUUAAAGAAAGAUUAUGGUGAAGAAGGUGGAGAUGAUAUUGACUUUGACCGGCGGCAACUCAGCUCUGAUGAGUCUCUAGUUAACCUACCUCAGGUAAUUCUUCCGGCUUCUGAGUUUGGGGACGACAGUUUUGCAAUCGGGAAUUAGGAACAGAGGGA